AUGACGAUGGGUAGGAAUCUGAAACUUCUUCUGUGGAAGAAUUUCAUCUUGAAGAAGCGGAAGACCCUGGUCACCGUGCUGGAGAUCCUGGCGCCACUGCUGUUCUCCACGAUCGUCAUGUAUCUUCGCCUGAACAGUCUGCCCCAAAAAAGGCCUCCUUUGAAUUACCUUGUGAUCAGCAUCAGUUUGCUGCCAGACUUCUUCUAUUUCCCCAUGCAGACUAGAUACCAGCUAGUGUACAUCCCUUCCAAGAGCAGAACAUUAAAGGCUAUCAUGGAAAUGGUGGAGAAAUCCUUUGACGUUGAGUUUGAAGUUCUAGGCUAUUCUUCGGUGCUUGUCUUUGAAAGUUACAUAAUCCAGGACCCCAAAGCCUUCUACAUGUGGGCCGGAAUUGUCUUGGAUCACUACUUCAAUGACAGCAAGCAGCCCCUGCCGCUGGAGAUCAAAUACCACCUGCGCUUGAGCUGCAUUCAGAGGAACUCCUUAACCUUGAAGGUGACGACAUACCGUGAUAAGCUGGAAGACUGCACAUCCUUCCUUUAUCCUCCAAACCCGAGCCAAGUGCCCCUGGCCUUUGGACAUUUCGACGGGGGACUCCCUGGAUACAGCAAGGCAGGCUUCCUGACCUUACAGCAUGCUCUGGACAAGGCCAUCGUGCAGCACCGCGCCCACAAUGUGAUGACCCAACUGUUCGAGGACCUCGCUGUGCUCGUGAAGAGGUUCCCGCAUGGAGCCCACAUCCAGGACACGUUCUUGCUGAUCCUUCAGAACGAGUUCCCUCUUCUGUUCAUGCUCAGCUUCAUCUGCAUCCAGCUCAUCAUCAUCAAUUCUGUUGUCCUGGAGAAAGAGAAAAAGCUGAAGGAGUAUAUGUGCAUGAUGGGAGUGAACAACUGGCAACACUGGGCUGCCUGGUUCACCAUGUUUUUCAUCUCCACCCUCAUGGUCGUCUCUUUCAUGACUGUCCUCUUCACGCAGGUGCACGGUGUGACGGUGUUCAGGAACAGCGACCCUAGCUUGAUAUUCAUUUUUCUACUGUGUUUUGCCACUGCCACAAUUUUCUUUGCAUUCAUGAUCAGCACAUUCUUCCAGAGAGUCCAGGUAGCACCUGCCGCCGGAGGCAUCCUCUGCUCCUUCACCUACCUCCCAUCCCUCUAUCUCAUGUUCAGCUACCCCCAGAGGACCCACUUCCAAAAGAUGGCCUUCUGUCUGCUCUUGAACGUCGCCAUGGCCUUGGGAGUCCGAUUAAUCUCUGCAUUUGAGAUAAAAGGCACAGGCAUGCGGUGGAAGAAUAUCGGCAGCGUGAGGGGGGAGUUUAACUUCUCCCAGGUGCUGCUGCUGCUGCGGCUGGACUCCGUUCUGUACGGCGUGGUGGCCCGGUGCGUGGAGGCCGUGCUCCCAGGGGAGUGCGGCGUACCCAAGCCUUGGUACUUCUUUUGUGGGCAGUCGACGCCCCUCACAUGGUCAGUGCUGGAUGUGGGGGAUCCUGACAAAGCUCCGAGAAGCAAGUUCUUUCAGGAAGAGCCUACCAAUUUGGUGAAAGGGAUUGAAAUCCAACAUCUGUACAAGGUGUAUCACAUGGGAAAGAAUAAACACAGAGCAGUCAAAGAUCUGACGAUGAAUCUAUACCAGGGGCAGAUCACCAUCCUCCUGGGACACAAUGGAGCCGGCAAAACCACCACGUGCUGCAUGCUCACAGGUCUUAUUCCUCCUUCAGGUGGAUGGGCCUAUGUCAACGGAUAUGAAAUUUCACGCGAUAUGGCUGAGAUCCGGAGGAGCCUGGGCUGGUGCCCCCAGCACGACAUCUUGUUUGAAAACCUCACAGUAGCAGAGCAUCUUUAUUUCUAUGCUCAGCUGAAGGGCUUGUCCCGUCAGAAGUGCCCUGAAGAAGUCCAGCGGAUGCUGCAUGUCCUCGGUCUGGAGGACAAGCAGGACUCCCUGAGCCGGUUCCUGAGUGGGGGCAUGAAGCACAAGCUCUCCAUCGGCAUCGCCCUCAUAGCGGGCUCCAAGGUGCUGAUGCUGGACGAGCCCACCUCGGGCAUGGACGCCAUCUCCAGGAGGGCCAUCUGGGACCUCCUGCAGCAGCACAAGAGUGACCGCACCGUGCUGCUGACCACGCAUUUCAUGGACGAGGCUGACCUGCUGGGGGACCGCGUGGCCAUCAUGUCCAAGGGGGAGCUGCAGUGCUGCGGGUCCUCGCUGUUCCUCAAGCAGAAGUAUGGUGCCGGAUACUAUAUGACUUUAGUGAAGAAAUGUCAGUGCAGCACAGAGAUUUCUCAUCUGGUUUAUCAACACAUACCAAAUGCGGUUUUGCAGUCCAGCACUGGAGAAGAAUUAACAUGUAUUCUUCCUAAAAGGAGCAUGCACAGGUUUGCAUCUCUAUUUACCGAGCUGGAACUGAGGCAGACGGAGCUGGGGAUUGCCAGCUUCGGGGCUGCGGUCUCCACCAUGGAGGAGGUCUUCAUUCAGGUUAACAAGUUGUCAGACACCAGCACAGAUAUCUAAGCCCUCAAGAUCCCCUCGAUGCAGUCCCAACAAAGAGUCCCUAUCAGCAGGAUUAAACGCAUUCACUCCAGGAUCUUCUCAAUACAGUCAGGCCUGCCAAUCCAGAGGAACACUGGGGUCAGCCGUAUAUGCCAACAGUUCUAUGCCAUGUUCCUGAAAAGGGCCACAUACUCUUGGCACAACUGGAUGCUGAUGCUAACAAUAUAGGUCCUGGCACCUCUGGCGAUCACCAUCUUCAGCCUUGCCUUCUUCAACUUGGAAACGCGUAUGGACAAGGUCCCACUGGAACUGACCCUAAAAACAUACGGUCAAACCAUUGUCCCAUUCUAUAUUUCUCCCAAUUCCAGGCUGGGUCCUCGGCUUUCGGAACAUUUUACAAACAUGCUUGUGGCUGAGGAGCAGAUCCCUCUGGAGACUCUGAGCUCGGUGGAGGACCUCCUCCGGCGAAAGGCACAGGAGGAGCCCGAGGGCUUUGAUUACAAAUACGUCGUGGCGGCUUCCUUUGAAGACUCGGGGAACCACACCAUGGUGAUGGCGCUCUUCAACAAGGCGUACCACUCCCCUGCUGUGGCGCUGGCGCUCGUGGACAACUUUCUCUUCAAGCUGCUCUCCAGGGCCAGAUCCUCCAUCACAGUGGUCAACCACCCUCAACCCCAGUCGGCCCUGGAGGCCUCUGAGGAUAUCUUGUAUCAGGACCUGAAAGCACACUUUCUCAUUAUCAACUUGCUUUUCGGAAUGGCUUUCCUGUCCAGUUCCUUUUCCAUCUUGACAGUCAAGGAGCGAUCCACGAAGGCCAAGCACGUCCAGUUUGCCAGUGGCGUUUACGUGGCUACUUUCUGCCUGCUGUGGGACCUAGUCACCUCCCUCGUCCCCAGUCUGCUGCUGCUGGUGGUGUUUCUGUACCACAAGGAAGAAGCUUUUACACACAAGGACAACGUCCCGGCCUUUAUCUUGGCGCUUAUGCUCUAUAGCUGGGCAACCAUCCCCUUCAUCUACCUGACCAGCUUCUGCUUUCACUAUGAAGGCAGUGCUUUUAUCAAGCUCAUCAUCAUACUCACCUUCUCGAGCAUUGGCUCCCUAUCUUAUGAGUCAGUACUUUCUAUCCCCUUCGCAGAGAUGGGCUACACAAUGGUGUUGGACUCCUUGGACCGCAUGUUCCUACUGCUGCCAGGCCACUGCCUGGGAAUGGCCCUCUUCAACUUAUACUACAAAUACGGAAUCCAGAAGUUAUGCAAAACCAGGAACCUGGACCACUGGGAGUGUAAUCAAAUUUCAGAGGGAUACACAGUCCAGGAGAGCGUCUACGCCUGGGAGUCUCUCGGGACAGGGAAGUAUCUGACGGCCCUGGUCAUCUCGGGGUUUGUUUACCUCAUCCUGCUCUUCCUCGUUGAAACCAACGUCUUGUGGGAGCUGAAAGCCGGGUUUUCUGACUUCAACAGGAAGCGACAAGUGCAGGUGUUGAUGCACAGUGUAGCGUCAGUGCCCGUAGAUCAAGAUGUGGUGCAGGAGGCAAAGGUCGUGGAGAUUUACUUGGAAAAGCUGCGUGAGGAGAACCCACUGGUUCUUAGAGAAGUGUCAAAGUGCGAGGGUGGGGGAGGAGGCCGAGGGUGCGUGGGGCUCACGCACACACCACCACCCCUUCUUGGCAUCAACGGAGCCGGGAAAACGUCCAUCUUCAAAAUGCUGACUGGGGAAGAGCCCAUCACCUCUGGGGAUGCCUUUGUCAGGGGCCUCAGCAUCCGCUCUCACCUGAGGGAGGUGCGGCAGUGGGUGGGCUACUGCCCCCAGUUUGACACCCUGUUCAACCACAUGACAGGCCGGGAGACGCUGGUGGUAUACGCCCGGAUCCGGGGCAUCCCUGAGAGCCACAUCAGCGCCUGCGUGGAGCAGAUUCUUGACAGCUUACUCAUGUACGCGUACGUGGACAAGCUGGUGAAGACCUACAGUGGUGGCAACAAGCGGAAGCUGAGCACAGGGAUCGCCCUGCUUGGAGAGCCUUCGGUCAUCUCCCUGGAUGAGCCAUCCACUGGCAUGGACCCCGUGGCCCCGCACCUGCUCUGGGACACUGUGGCACGGGCCCGAGAGUCCGGCAAGGCCAUCAUCAUCACCUCCCACAGCAUGGAGGAAUGCGAGGCCUUGUGCACCCGGCUGGCCAUCAUGGUGCAGGGUCAGUUCAAGUGCCUGGGCAGCCCACAGCACCUCAAGAGCAAGUUUGGCAGCGGCUACUCCCUGCGGGCCAAGGUCCAGAGUGACGGGCAGCAGGAGGCGCUGGAGGAGUUCAAGGCGUUUGUGAACCUGACCUUCCCAGGCAGCAUCCUGGAAAAUGAGCACCAAGGGAUGGUCCAUUACCACCUGCCCAGGGAUGACCUCAGCUGGGCCAAGGUAUUUGACAUUCUGGAGCAAGCCAAGAUGAAGUUCAUGCUGGACGACUACUCUCUCAACCAAGUCUCCCUGGAGGACAUUUUCCUGAACUUUACCUGCUCUGUGCACCCAACCAAAGAGGAACACAAACAAGGGCAAGCAGAGCCAGCAGACUAUUCAUCAACCUCUCCACCUCCCUCCCAGCCUCCCUCUCCACUUUUCUCCCAGCCUCUCUCUCCACCUCCCUCCCAGCGUCCCUCUCUACUUUCCUCCCAGUCUCCGUCUCCUCUUCCCUCCCAGCCUCCUGCCCAGCCUCCCUCUCCACCUCCCUCCCAACCUCCCUCUCUACUUUCCUCCCAGUUUCCCUCUCCUCUUCCCUCCUAG